GGGAUGUGGCCAGGAAUAUUAGCGGGGAGGGCUCGGGUGGCCGCAGGCAGAUGCCCCACGCUGGGGCUUCUCCAUGCCGCCCGCCCUCUCCCGCAGCGGACCGGCCUGUCCCUGCAGCGGAGCCUGCACGCGACGACGGCCCGGACUCUCCCGCUCAUUCCCAUCGUGGUGGAGCAGACGGGUCGUGGUGAGCGCGCCUAUGACAUCUACUCGCGGCUGCUGCGGGAGCGCAUCGUGUGCGUCAUGGGUCCGAUCGAUGACAGCGUUGCCAGCCUGGUUAUAGCACAGCUGCUGUUCCUGCAGUCGGAGAGCAACAAGAAGCCCAUCCAUAUGUACAUCAACAGCCCUGGCGGCGUGGUGACCUCAGGGCUGGCCAUCUAUGACACAAUGCAGUACAUCCUGAACCCCAUCUGCACGUGGUGCGUGGGCCAGGCUGCCAGCAUGGGCUCUCUGCUUCUCGCUGCUGGCACUCCAGGCAUGCGCCACUCACUCCCCAACUCACGCAUCAUGAUCCACCAGCCUUCAGGGGGUGCCCGGGGGCAAGCCACAGACAUCGCCAUUCAGGCAGAGGAGAUCAUGAAGCUCAAGAAGCAGCUCUAUGGCAUCUACGCCAAGCACACCAAACAGAGCCUGCAGGUGAUCGAGUCCGCCAUGGAGCGGGACCGCUACAUGAGUCCCAUGGAGGCCCAGGAGUUCGGCAUCCUGGACAAGGUUCUGGUUCACCCCCCCCAGGACGGUGAGGACGAGCCUGAGCUGGUGCAGAAAGAGCCUGUGGCAGCGGUGGCCGCGACAGCAGAACCUGCCCCAGCAAGCACCUGAGAGCUGGACCUCGCCCCUGCAGGAAAGCUGAGGGUCAGCCACUGACAGAUGCUAAGGCAGCAGCCUGCCCACCCCUCCCUGUUGAGCCUGGGGUGUCCUUAAGGAACUCUGGAUUUGGGGGUGCCCCUAAGGAUGGGUAUCCUGGUUAAGACACUGUGAUUUUAAAUUAAAUCUUCGUAGUCUUUGC